AGAAAUCGAUGUAAACAGACACUUUGCAGUUUCAUUGGCCGUCAUGUCUCCGUAUAUUCUUGGUAUAGACUUGGGGACCACCUCUGUUAAAGCUGUUUUAUUAGAAUCUGGCACCAGAGUUGUGGUGGCGAGUUAUUCUAUGCAAACUUCAUCUGAUAUAAUAGACAGCAGUGACAUCAAGGCAAAUGAGCAGGAUACUGGUAGAAUAAUAGACACCUUGAACCAGUGCAUCCAAAAACUGCCCGCUGACAAGUUAAAACAUGUGCUACGCAUUGGUCUCUCAGGGCAGAUGCACGGGGUUUUGUUUUGGAAAGCUCGGAGUGGUUGUGACUGGUCCAGCAGAAACUGCUUCAUUGCCAAAAACACCAGUCAGCUGAUCACCUGGCAGGACCAGCGCAGUAACAAUGAUUUUCUUUCCACUCUUCCAAAACCAAAUUCACAUCUUAGUUUGGCCACUGGCUUUGGGUGUGUCACUAUUUUCUGGUUCCUCAAACAUAGACCCACAUUUCUAGAGGAGUUUACAGCUGCUGGGACUAUCCAGGACUACGUGGUGUCCAUGUUGUGUGGUUUAGAAAGAUGUGUGAUGACGCCUCAGAAUGCAGGCAGCUGGGGUUACUUCAACACCUCAAACAACCAGUGGAACCUCGAAAUUUUGGAGUCUGCCGGCUUCCCUACACGCUUGCUCCCUGAGUGUGUACCGUCUGGGGUACUGGCGGGGAACACAUGCAUGGACUGGCAUGGUAUUAGUGCUGGGACCCCUGUAGGAGCUGCUCUGGGGGACUUUCAGUGCUCGGUCUACUCCUGCAUGAACACAAGCACAGAUGCAGUUCUUAACAUCAGUACAUCAGCCCAACUGAGCCAUGCUAUGCCUCUUGGCUUUACACCUCCAAGUUCCCCGCAAACAAACUCACCCAUCUCCUAUUUCCCGUAUUUUGAUUCAUCGUAUCUGGCUGUAGCUGCAUCACUCAAUGGAGGGAAUGUUGUAGCCAUGUUUGUUGACAUGCUCAUGAAGUGGAUGAGUGAACUAGGAGCAGAGAUGCCCAAGUCCUCCAUAUAUGAGAAGCUAAUUGGAUAUGCCCUAACCCAAGAUACCAGUGACUUGAAUGUGCUUCCCACCAUCCUCGGAGAGCGACACAGCCCCCUCCUUUUGGGACAAGUGACCCACAUCUCCCCCUCCAACCUUUCUCUGGGUCAUGUGACACGAGCACUCUGCAAUGGCAUCAUCAGUAACCUCACCUCCAUGAUGCCAGCCGCCUAUCUUCACAAAGUGGGGGUCACCAGGGUAGUAGGCAGUGGCACAGCUCUGGCUUGUAACCAGGUGCUCAGACAGGAAGUGGAGAGGGCCUUUUCACAGUUGAUCAUUGAGUACAGACAGAACACUGACUCUGCAGUGGGCGUGGCCAUGGUGCUCUGUGACAGACUUUGAGCAGCUGAAAUUACAAGAUAUUAAUCAUUAUUAGUAUCAUUGGUAUUAUUAAAAUGCUGUAUUAAAUUGCAUAAUUUAAGUUGGCGUUAUCACAAUACCAAAAAUCUAGCAAUAUGUGAACAUAAUGAAACCAUAAAACAUAUUAACUUGCACACUCAUAGAUUAAAAUGUUAAAUUAUGCAAGAAAUAAAG